AUGUCCGUUUGUGACGAUCAACAGAUUCGCGAUCGGAAACCGUUACGGCGACAUCUUCUACUGCGUCUUUGCUGCUCUAGCGUGUUUCUGAUAAUUUUACUUUUAUUACUGAGCUUUGUCAUACUGAAAUGGAAGCGCGAAAACGACGGUGAAGAGUACGUCCUUAGGCGCAGAUCGAUUCGCUUUUCCGAAGAAUCUCAAGAUUUAGAAGAGCUUCCCGAAAUUCCAGAAGUUCGCCAGACUUAUCCAAGGCGGUCUAGUUUGCGAAACAACAACAGUUUUCUAUCAGUAAAGAGCGUUCGCUUCUCUUCAAGCUCACAGACAUUUUCGUACCCUCGCGAUCCAGACCCCUGGGCUCGGCAACCUGUGUUAAAAACCUGA